CAAAAGCCUUCGAAGAAGAGGCUCAAGCAGUCGCAGGAUGAUGACGCACUUACUGGAAAAUGGAGAGGAAACACAUGUCAGCCUUUGCUUUGUAUCAAACUAUAUCAACCAACGAACCCCCGCCUGCUAAGAAGCCUUUCCUGCAGGUGGCAGAAAAAAAGAAGAAGAAGAAGGAGAAUGGGGUUAGUAAGAUAAACAAACCCCAUUUAAAGCCUGAAGGGAAGAAAAUACGAAAGAAGCUCCAGAAGGCAGUCAAAAGAGAGGAGAGCUUUGAGGAAAUGGCAGAGUUGCAGGAUGAGGAGCGUGUAAAUGCAGAUGGUGAGGAUCUAGAUGAUUUGCUGACUGACCUGUUGAAAGUCAACAACAGCAGGGAGAGAGCCAGCAAGCUGUUCCAGUGGCUCAUCAGCCCCAUCCCUGCAAAGUCCUUCUUUAAGGAAACGUGGGAAAAGAAGCCUAUUCUUGUUCAACGAAAGAAUCCAAAUUACUACAAGGGACUAUUUUCCACAGCAGAGUUUGAUCGUAUAUUAAGACAGGAUGAUGUUCAAUAUGGGGUGAAUCUUGACGUGACAAGCUACACAAAUGGCAAGAGGGAGACGCAUAAUCCUCCAGGGAGAGCUCUGCCGUUCAGCGUGUGGGACUUUUAUGAGAGUGGCUGCUCCCUCCGCAUGCUGAACCCUCAGGCGUUCGCCUCCACUGUGUGGAACGUGCUCUCCAUCCUUCAGGAGCAGUUUGGCAGCAUGACAGGAGCCAAUGUAUACCUGACCCCAGCUGGAACACAAGGCUUUGCUCCACAUUAUGACGACAUUGAGGCGUUUGUGGUUCAGCUAGAGGGGAAGAAACACUGGAGAGUGUACAACCCGAGAACCGAGGAUGAGGUCCUGCCUGUGCUUUCAAGUACAAACUUUGAUCAGGGAGACAUUGGGAAGCCAAUCCUGGAAGUAGUGCUGGAGGCAGGGGAUCUCCUCUACUUCCCCAGAGGGUUCAUCCACCAGGGCGACUGCCUCCCAGAUGCCCACUCUCUCCACAUCACCAUCUCCUCCUACCAGAAGAACAGUUGGGGGGAUCUGAUGCAGAAGUUGGUUCCAGCAGCAUUAGAAGUAGCGAUGGAGGAGGAUGUGGAGUUCAGACAGGGCUUGCCUCUCGACUAUCUGACAUACAUGGGUGUACAGAACUCUGACAAGGACGACCCACGCAGGACAAAGUUUUUCUCAAAAGUUGAGAGUCUGAUGAAGAAGCUAACAAAUUAUGCUCCAGUUGAUGCUGCUGUGGAUCAGAAAGCCAGAGACUUCCUGCACGACUGCCUUCCUCCUGUGCUUACUCCAGAGGAAUUGGCCAGCAGUGUGCAGGGAGCGCCUGCAAGGUGGGAGCGAGGGCAGGUUAAGGAUGUAGGUGCACAAAUCACUUUGCAGACCAGAGUUCGACUUCUCCGUGCUGGAUGUGCCAGGUUAUGCAGCGAUGGAGAAGCUGUUCAUCUUUACUACACAACAGACAACUCCAGAGUUUACCACAAAGAGGAGCCCAAGAGUUUUGAAAUACAAUCAGAGCACACAGAUGCCAUUGAGUUUCUGAUCCAUUCAUAUCCCAAAUUUGUGACUGUAGGAAGUUUGCCCAGUGGUUCAGCAGAGGACAGGAUCUCCUUGGCUGAGCUGCUGUUCGAAAAGGGAGUUAUCCACACUGCAGAACCUCUGUAGUGGCUACAAACUCUUCAGUCAUGCAGACUGCAUGAAUAGAUUCAAAUUCCCUUUAAACAAAACAAGAUAUUUGAUGCAAAUCACUUCUUGUCCCAAGUUGUCUGCAUUAGCUCUACUGAAAUCGUCAGACGGAGCAACACAUUUAAUGAGCUUGCUCUGAAAAGCAUAAAAAAAAACAGCUUUACAAAAAUUAAAUGAUGUCAUGUAUUGUGCAAAAAAGAGAAUCACCAAACUGUACAAAUUAUUUUGAUGACAAACGGCAUGUUUAUUACUGGUUGAUACAACUCAUAAACAGAAAUACAGAGGUCUUUGUUAAAUUAUUCAUUCGAGGUCCAGCCAUGGGUAAUUUCCACCACACGACAGGACACACCCCAGGUCGAGGUGGUUUACUUCCAGGUCACCUCCUCACCAGGCUUCAGUUCCCUAAAGAGAGCAAAAGUCAGAGGGUUUCAUUAAAACUUGUACAAAUAACUGUAUUUACAUUUCUUUCUAGAGCUCUUUAGUCUGAUUUAGCUUUAGACACAACAUGGAGAACAUUAAGGAGCUGGAAUCAGCAUUUGGCACCAAAGUGAAACACGUGCUGACUCAAAUGUUUAGGUUUGUCAAGGUUAAGUACCAGUAUAAUGAAUUACUAAAAAAUGACUGUUUUCAAUAUGCCACAUCAUUUGUCUUCACAUGUUCAAACUAGAGUUGCAACAGUUACUUUCUGGGGUUUUUGAAUUUACCAAACACUUUGAUAAUUUAAUAGUUUGUGGGUUUUACAGCAAAAAAAACCAAACAUUACUAGUAAAAGUUUCUCAAUUUUAAGUAUUUGCUGUUUUUAUUGUUUUACAAAUGAAUAGCUUUCGGCUGUGA